AUGGGACAGAUACUAGAUGGUUUAAAAAACUACGCAUAUCGUCGUCGUGAACGGCAAAAUACCGAAGCUCGUUCUCGAGCAAAUCAUCCCGAAACACUUGCCCUCGAUGAAACUCCGAGAUUGGAAAAUCGCUCAGGCGUCUUCGAUUUAUCGUCAGCGCCAUCACUCGACACUAUGAAUGGCGUAUCACCAAGAGAUAGUGAUGUUUCAUCGCUUGUCAACAUGGUCUUAACAUCAGCGACGAGUUAUCGUAGACCAACAGCAGCAGCGAAUCGAUGCAGUGAGUUUUAUCUGGCCUGCCGAACGAACGAUGUUGACAAAGUUCGCCAAUUACUUCAGACAAUGUCACGAGAGAAUAUCAAUCAUUUAGAGCCGAAUGGAAGUACAGCAUUACACUCGGCAUGCUAUCAUGGAUAUGAACAAAUCGUUGAAUUGUUAUUGAAUGCAGGUGCUGAUCGAUCGAUUUUGAAUUGUUUUCAAUGUUUACCAUAUGAUGAAGCAAAAAAUGACACUAUACGGCGUCUUUUCUUUCGUGUACCAAGUGCGAAUCGGUUUGCAUCGGACACGGGAGAAAUCGAAUGGGAUUCGAUCAAUGACGAUGCUCCUGAGGAUGCAGCACAAGAAAAACAAAUCAUUAAAUCGACGUACGAGAAUUUUUCAGGAGCAGGAUCGCUUUGGCGAAUGUUUGAGAAAAUCUAUAGAAAUUACAUUGGAGAUCGGUUAAAUUACAUUCAAGGAAUUGAGACUAUCAAACAUUUCUUUCAAAAAGCGAUGGAAGAACAAGAUCCCAUUUGGAUCAUCAAAGCGUACACCGCCGAAACAGAUUUUUAUAAAAUUUUAAAUAAGGAAAUUGCUGGUGGUGCGACGACGAAUCAAAAUGAACGACGGUAUAUCAUUGCUCUGCUUUGCCAUCAUCCAAUAUUUGAUCACUUUACAUUCAUCGGUCGUUCGUAUCGUGUCAUACAAAUGAAUGAGAUCGCUUCACGAAAAUAUCGAGUCAAUGAAUAUCUAAUGACGAAAUCGUUUCUUUCCUCAUCUGUAGAUCGCAAAAUAGCCGAGCUGUUCGUAUAUCAAAAAGAAGCAGCAAAACAAUUCGGUCGAACGCGUAUCGAUGGUUCAUCCAUUAAGAUUUGGAUCAUGUGUGUUUAUGAGAUAAAAAAUCGCCGUACAGCUCUAAACGUCGAGAAUAUAUCGCAAUAUACGAGCGAAGGAGAAAUCUUAAUCAUGCCGUUCAGUGUUUUCCGAAUAAAACGAGUUGAACCGAUAACGGUUCGACAUGAUUUAUCCUCUCAGACGAUACGAUGGAUUGAAUUGGAAGAAUGUCAGGAGUGUUUCGAUCGUCAAGUGCAACGUGCAACAACUGCAUCGUCAUCGAUUGUAAUCGAUAGACUUUAA